AUGCCUCCACAACAACAACAGCGUCAACAAUCUUCAAGACGAUCUAAUACCUCUAUCAGCAGUAUAACUGAUAACCUAUCUCAACCAAAUGCAGCUGCCACCGCUUCUAGCAAUUUAAACAGCUCAAUAGUCCCAAAACGUACAGCUGACAACAUUAACACUAAUGCAACAAAUAGUCUUUAUGGCUCAAGCAGCAGUAUAAGCAGUAUUGGUAAUAUUGGUGCCAUGGCUACUAAUCCCAAUGCUCAUCGAACAACUAUGAGCUACAAUCUAAAUAAUUAUCAGCAACAACAACAACAUCAACAACAUCCACAGUAUCAUCAAUUUUCACAACAACAACAACAUGCUAAUAAUAGUCUCCAAUCACAACAACAACAUUCCACUAACCUUCAAUAUCAACAACAAUCUUCUCAUCAACAACAACUCCAUCAUCAACAUCAACAACAACAAGCGUCUUCUAUACAACAGCAACAGCAGCAGCAACAGCAAGUUCAACAAGUUCCUCAAUCACUUCAACAAACUCAACAAGCUCCUCAAUCAAUUCAACAAGCUCAACAAUCAAUUCAACAAGCUCAAGCUCAAUCUCACCAACAAGCUCAACAAUCAAUCCAACAAGCUCAAUCUCACCAACAAUCAUUACCACAAAUACAACCUCCCCCACAAAAUCAACCUAUUCCACAAAAUCAGUCAAUUCCACAAAAUCAGUCAAUUCCACAAACUCAACCAACACCACAGACUCAACCGAUUACACAAACUCAGCCACAACAAGCACAACAACAAAAAGUUGUAAAAGACGAGAAACUAAAAAAACCUAUGAAUGCUUUCAUGAUCUUCUCAAAGGCUCGUAGACGUGAGAUGCGCGAUACUCAUCCGGGCGAAAAGGCAGGUGAAGUGAGCAAAAUCUUGAGUAAGGAGUGGCAUACGAUGGAAACUGGUAAAAAGGAACAAUAUCUUGAGUUAGCUAAACAGGAGAGGGAGAACCACGAAAAGACGAAUCCAGACUAUCUAAACUCAAAACAGAUGCGAUCAAAAGUAUUAGAAAAGAAUCCUGGUAUGGAUGUUGGUAAUAUUUCUAAAGCGAUCGGUAAAGGUUGGCACUCUUUAACAGAUGCCGAAAAAGAAGCAUAUUUACUACGAGCUAGAGAACUCAAAAAAGAAUUUCACGAAACACACCCUGACUUUGUAUACACUAGACGUUCUAAAGCCGAACUCAUUGCAGCAGGUCAUCAUAGUUAUGCUAAAAAACGACAAAUUACCGAGUCUGAUGAUGGUUACGAGGCUGACGAUCAAUCAAACUCCAACAACAAUAAUACUAAUGAAAAUACAAAGCCACAGAAAGACCCUCGUGGUCGUAAGAAGAAACGUGUUCUUCAUCCUAAGGCUCCGAAACAUCCCUCUUCCGCAUUUUUAUUCUAUACAUCUGCAGUUCGUCGUCAAGUUGCUGAAGCUCAUCCUGGAAGCACUGUUGGCCCAUUGUCAAAAAUCAUGGCAGGUAAAUGGAAGGCCCUUACUGAUGCAGAACGUGAACCUUUUCAAAAGUUGGCAAAUGAUGACAAAGCUAGGUACGCUCGUGAAAUGGAAGAGUAUUUACAACAACCAAAAGAUUCUUAA